AUGUCUCUCGCAUCGCGUCCCCGAGUGGUGUUGCGCCAAGGCACCAUCAUUGGCAAACAGAUGGUAGGCACAAAUGAUCAGAGCAGAACGCCUCAGACCCUCGAUUAUUUCCUCGGCGUGCCUUAUGCAUUGAGUACCGCUGGUGAACAUAGAUGGAAGCAAGCGGUUCUUGUUGGAGCUUCAACCGGAGAAUUUGAUGCUGGGCGGUUGGGGAAGAGAUGUCCUGCGGGAGAAGAGGAUAUGGUUGACAUGGGUGAGGAUUGCCUGAACCUCAACAUCUACCGUCCAUCAUCCAGACCAAAAGAUAAGAAACUACCUGUUCUUGUUUAUUUCCAUGGUGGUAGUUUCAACUUUGGAGCGGGCCAUUAUAGACGCAUUGAUUCUAUGGUUGCAUGGAGUGAUAGACCGUUUAUAGGAAUCAGUUUCAACUAUCGACUCGGAGCUUUUGGAUUUUUGUCCUCGAAGUUGGCUAAGAAGGAAGGCGCAUUGAAUUUGGGUCUGAGAGAUCAGAGUUUACUGCUGCAAUGGGUUCAGGAUAAUAUUUCAGCUUUUGACGGGAACCCGAAUGAUGUUACAAUCAUGGGAUCUAGUGCUGGUGCUCAUUCGGUAGGUCAUCACGUUCUUGUCAAUUCGCCAGACAAACCUCUUUUCCAUAAAGCCAUCAUCGAAUCUGGCGGAGCAACAGCGAGAGCAUGCCUUCCAUACGACAACGAGAUGCACGAAACUCAAUUCAACGACUUUCUCGGAAAUCUUGGUCUUCUUCAAACCCCACCAAAAAAGGUCUUCGACGUUCUACGUACGAUUCCAACGUCCAAGAUCAAGGACGCUUCUGAAAAGGUGUUCAUCCAGUAUACAGAGACUCUUCGCUGGCCAUUUCAACCAGUCAUCGAUGGCGAGGGAGGGAUGAUCCCGAUCGCACCGAUAACUAAAUGGAAAUCUGGCACCUGGCAACCUAUACCUAUACUCACGGGUUUCAACACCAACGAAGGAGCUGUAUUCGUCGACCCUGCCGUAGCCACCGACAAAAAAUUUACAUCAUUCUUCAGCUUGCUGCUCCCAAAACUUAGUGCGUCAGACAUUGAAGCUUUAGGGAAGACCUAUCCAGACCCUCUCACCGACGAGAAAUCAACCUUCAAAGAGCUUCGAACUAGCGAUGACAUCGGUCCUCAAUACACACGUCUUGAACAAGCCUACGGUCAUUUCGCCUACGUAAAUCCAGUACGCCAAACCGUACAUUACGCGUCGAAAUCUGCGCCAGUCUGGCUCUACCGUUUCGAAGUCAACAGUCGCUACGAAGGUGGUGCCGACCACGGUGACCAUGAUGAUUUUGUAACAUAUAAUGAGGAUGUCAGGGCAGAAUCCCCUAGUAUCAGGGAGAUCAGUGGGAAGAUGCAUGCUUAUUGGACGAGUUUUGUGACAACGGGAGAUCCCAACGCUGAUGGCGGUGUCUGGGAAGAGAGAGCAACAUGGCCGAGGUUCACAAUGGGUGCUGAUGGAAAAUAUGGUAGAGCAGCCAUUUUCGGUUCAGGAAAUAGUGAGAUUGCAGGAGGCAAGGAAAAAGGAAUGGCAGUGAAGAUCGAGGAAGACACGUGGAGAAGAAAGGAGUGUCAGUAUUGGGACGAGAGGACUGAAUUAUUCGAGUCUUAA